AUGGCGUUACGGAGGGUCCGAGCUGGGCUGCGCGAGCUCCGGCCGCUGCUGCUGCUGCUUCUGCUCCUCGGGCCAUGGCCGGCGGCGGGGCACGGCGGCAAGUACUCGCGGGAGAAGAACGAGCCCGCGCCGCCCUCGAAGCGCGAGCCGACGGGGGAGUUCCGCAUCGAGAAGCUGAACCAGCUGUGGGAGAAGGCCCAGCGGCUGAACCUUUCCCCGGUGAGACUGUCUGAGCUCCACGCUGAUCUGAAGAUACAGGAACGGGACGAAUUCAAGUGGAAGAAGAUGAAGUCGGAAGGCUUGGAUGAGGACGGCGAGAAGGAGGCAAAACUGAGACGCAGCCUCAGCGUCAUCCUGGCCAAGUACGGUCUGGACGGGAGAAAGGACACCCUGAGCACCAACUUCCUCAACCACGGCCCCGAGGACGACAGCCUGGAGGACCCCCGGCUGGAGAAGCUGUGGCACAGGGCGAGGGCGUCUGGGAAGUUCUCCAGCGAAGAACUGGACAAGCUGUGGCGGGAGUUCCUGCAUCACCAGGAGAAGGUCCGCGAAUACAACAUCCUGCUGGAGACCCUGAGCAGGGCUGAAGAAAUCCACGAGAAUGUCAUCAGCCCCGCGGACAUGAGCCACGUCGCGGAGGACGCCCUGCGGAGCAGACACUCCGAGCUCAAGGACAGGCUGCGGGACAUCAGCCAGGGCCUGGACCGCCUGCAGAGGGUCAGCCACCAGGGCUACGGCGCCGAGGCGGAGUUCGCAGAGCCGCGGGUGAUGGACCUGUGGGACCUGGCCAGGGCAGCCAACUUCACCCAGAAGGAGCUGGAAUCCUUUAAGGAAGAGCUGAAGCACUUUGAAGCCAAAAUCGAAAAGCAUAACCACUAUCAGAAGCAGCUAGAAAUUUCUCAUCAGAAGCUGAAACACGUGGAGAGCUUUGGCGACCAGGAGCACAUCAGCCGGAACAAGGAGCGCUACGCGCUGCUGGAGGAGAAGACCAAGGAGCUGGGCUACAAGGUGAAGAAGCACUUACAGGACCUGUCCAGCCGCGUCUCCAGAGGGCGACACAACGAGCUCUGA